AUGAAUGAUUUAAACUAUGACUUGAAUUCAUCUGUGUUACUGUCACGAGAUAGAAGUGAUGAGUUCAACAAGAUGAAGAAGAAGUACAAUGAUAGAUUGAACAGCGAUUUGGAUACACUGAUAUUAAAGUUCAAACAGAUCACUCUAAACGUUAGCACAUUGCUUGCGGUCGACUAUGAGGACAAGAUGAUAAAGAACUGUUGUGUGUGUGGCGUUGUCUUUGGAAAGAUCUUCUCAAAGAAGCAGAAGUGUCUAGUCUGUGGCUACGCCGUCUGUGCCAACUGCAACAACCAUCCACUACCCGUCAACAGCUUUGACAAGGUUAAGCCUCCUCCAAACCCUAACAAGCCCGUUCAAAAUGUAAAUGUGUGUACUAUAUGCUACAAGACACUGAGCACAGCCAUUGAUAGGAAUCAACAUCAGAUCAUGCGACAGCGUGGAUCAUCAAGUGUGUUUGUGGAGUUCUACGAGAAGAUGCAUCUCAACAUAUUGGACCUGAGAAGGAACAUCAACUCCUACAAACAAGUUGUACAUACUAUAACAGACUCUGCAUCACCCAAUAUAAAGAGAGCCAAGGAGUUGGAAUCAACCAUCAACAUACAUCUGUCCGAGCUCAAGACCGGAGUCACCAAGCUGAAGGAGCUAAAGGGGCCAACACCUCGCCAGCAGCAGGUCAUUCAACAUGUUCAUCACAGCUUGGCAACACAGUUGAACACUCUGUUGCCAGAGUUCAAGCUCUACAACACAGAGUGCCUCACAAAGAUGAAGCAGACACCUGCCACCAGUCCAGCCAGUAUCAAAUCACAAUUGACCAACGUCAAAUCAGUUGAGCAAUCACCAACCUCUUCCAGUCCACCCGCGUCGCCAUCUCUCGACCAAAAUGGCUCAUCAGGCUCAUUUGGAUCAUCAAACAGACUAUCUACAUUCUUCUCCAAUGUAUUUAACUUUGGCGAUAACAACAACACACCUACCUCCAGCAUCGGUGGAUCAAACAGUCGAGGACACAGUCGAAGUGGUUCACAGGCCACAUCAUACGAGGAUCUUCCAAACAGAUCAGUGGUGCUAUCUGUUGUGCCUGCCCUCUGCCCGCUGAAUGGAGGUUGCAUUGCGAUCCAAGGAGAGAAUCUUGACAAGCCAGUGAUAUCAGUCACUGUGGACGGUCUCCAGGCAAAGGUGCUGAUGAAGAACAACUUUGCUCUUCUAGUGAUGUGCCCACCACGAAGCGAGGGCGAGUAUUUCCUAAGCAUCAAGGAUGGUGACAACCUUGUCACCAAACAAUCCAUCAUCUACACAAACUCUUGCUUCAGCACCGAGAAGGACAUUGACGAUUCGAAUCGAUAUGCGAUGGACUACUUUAACAACGCUUCGUUGUCCAACUUUGAGCCAAUCUCUGAUAACAUGGCCAUGCACUCACCAGCAGUCGAGUCGAACAACUUUUCGUACGAGAAUGACCUGAACAUCCAAACGAUGGCAGAGAUUGUGGGCAGUCCCGACAAGGACAUGGGCAUCAAUGAUUUGGACGCCAUUGCAGCAACUGGCAACAGCUUUGACGAUAUGGUCAUCCAAAAGAUUGAACCAGUGGUCUAUACAUCAACCGACAACAGGGUCACAUUGUACUUGAAGUACUCACUGGUCGCUGGAUCAAUGCCAUUGAUAUCAAUCGAUAGCACACCAGUAACUAUCGAGUUGGGCAACAUGCGAAAGAGUGUCAGUUUUGCCGCGCCACUCUCACUCAAGGAAGGCUUCCACACAAUCGACAUCAUCCUCCAACUACUCACACAAGGUAUCACCAACAAGUAA